AUGUGCUUUGACCAUCCGACUUUGCCAUACACAAACGCCACUUUGGAAGAUAAAUUUGCAGGCGGUUUUACUGUUUUACUUUUGGACACUACUAAGAAUCCAGAUCGGAACAACCUCGCUCACAACACUCAAUCUACCUUCAUUCGCUCUGACCCGAACCGACUCGGCCACUACGCCACUCACAAACUGGCUGCUUCAAUGGACGGUUCCCUGAUUGGCUCAUCUCCUUGGGGGAGUUCAAAACUCUUCAAGUCAGAGUCAGGGUCAGAAAAGGAGACAGUCGAACAACCUGUUCACAGCUUGACCUCAGAUGCUUAUCUCAACAAAUUGACGCGAGUCCGCAUGACAUCAGCAGCUCUUGAUAAGCAGAUCAAAGACUUGGCCAAAAAGAUGAAACAUAUGACCAAAAAUAAGAAGAAAGAGGAAGACAAUAGUGAUGCAAAGGCAGAGAUACGCUUUCAGUCCGAGUAUGCGCAAGCGGUGCUCGGGAUUGAGUUCGCAAAAAAGAAGCAAGAGGAGAUAUUACUAGAGCGUCAAAUUGCUCAGAGGGAGAGAGAUACCCAUGUGAUAUCACAAAACGAGUUGGAGGAGCGUUAUGGGACGUUGAAUAGGCGGUAUAAUUGUGCUGGAGAGGAUUUAUGGCGCAGCUUGAAUAAAAAGCUGCAUCUCGAAAACCCUGAGGGAAUCAUGCUGAUGCAACUCGAGCCCAAGCAAUUCGACACUUCUGUGAUUCCUGAGCUCUUGUGGCCGCUUUAUAACACAACACGGGAUGAUCUGCGCGUUCGGAGAGAGCGUGGCGAGUGGAUAGCAGAUGAUCUGGGUGAGCGAAAAAAGCCUAGCAACUGGAUUGCGGAUGUUUUCGAAUACUAUUCAGCCUUCCCGGAGUAUCAUGGGAGAAAGCCAGAGGGACAUACUCGCUGGUGCCAUGUUACCGGAAUGUGGUAUUUUUCUUCUCCACGAGUGGCGCGCAUUAUUCCAUUUCUUAUGGAUGAGAACAAGUUGGAGGAAAUCGUCUUUGGCUCUGAAAGCGAGUCUUUGCAGCGACCUGCGAACGCACUACUUUUGUAUCCUAGGAUUCAGCAUUGGUUGGAACAGUACCAAAUCGUCAUUGUUCCUGUAGAUCGUUCUGAAACACCCAUCAAACGAUGGCGGACUGAAUUCAUCUAUCCUGGACUGGAAAAUACGCAUGCCGCCACAGAUGAGACAGGGAAAGACAUCUACGGGAAGGAUGUAGAUGGCAGAGAGCUGUCCUUUUUAGGAGAAAGACGACCCUCACCGAGAUUUCUCUACUUCCAUUUCAUAAUGGCUCUUAUACGUGCUAAAGAUUUGGGGCGCGAAAACUGGCAGGAAAUUUGGGCUCGUUACUACGAACAGCGCCCAUUUCCAUCACCCGGAAAUUAUAUGAGGAAGUCUAUGCUAAAGGCGUUGGCGACUUAUUUUGAAGUUGCCGAUAUGAAGGUUGUUGAGAGUUGGAUGGGUGACCAAGGAUUUGAUACGCAGCUGCAAAUUCGUGAUGAUCAGGCAAAAGAGUUAGCGAGACGUGUUCAUCGGAUUAUUGAUGUGGAUGCCACCACUAUCGUCGAGCAGUAUUCUAGUGAUGAAGAGUUGUGUGACAGGUAUGGGGAUACUGAUGAUGAAAAAUAG